GAACACACUGAUUCAGCAGAACUGACUGGUUGUGCUGCAGUCAUCAUGAGUAGGCACAGGGUCGUUCGUUUCUUAAUGUAUGUAUAAGAGAAAAAGGUUCAGACAAGAAUCUGGUCAUCUUUCCCUGACAAAUGGAGAACUACUUCCAAGCAGAGGCAUAUAACCUCGAUAAGGUUUUAGAUGAAUUUGAGCAAAACGAAGAUGCCGCUGUUUCACCUACACUAUUGGGUGCAAAGUGGAAUCAGAUUCUAGAUCCACCUUCUCGUCGUCUGUCAUUUAACCCGACUGUGGCCAAUGUGAAUGAAGCUACAACUCCUAAUGAAUGUCAACAGAGAUUAAAGUCUUUCUCCUUGUCUCAUUCAGUGACUACAUCAACAGGAGGAGGGGAUCACUGUGCUAAUGGAAAGGAUUUCAGCAUAAGUCCGGAGACCCCAGUCAUGUGGAUUGAUGAUCAGGCAGCAGCAGACGAUCAAUUGAUUAAAAGAAACAGUAAUCGGGAUGAUCAGUGUAAUGCUGUGGAACCAGGAGAAAAGAAAUGUGGAAAUAUAGGUUGCUUGCCAGAGGAGAAAAAUGUACUAGUGGUGGCAGUCAUGCAUAACUGUGACAGAAGAACACUACAAAGUGGCGAUUUGCUGGAUUGUAAAAAUUACAGCAGUCAGUCCCUAAUGGACACUAUUAGCUUUACACUGGAUAACGAAAACCGACAGAGUGAUCAGUUUAGUGUUACUGUAAACGGAUCCACAGAAAAAGAUAUAGAUACAGAAAAGCAAGUAAAUCGGCUGUGCACUGAAGAUGACUCUGUAAGUCAUUUGAUUAAUGCUUCAUCUGAAAGCCCGACCGUUGCAUGCCCCUCCUCUCGAUUAAAGGAUGAUUUUAAUGUGAGUAAAGAUUCACUGUUUUCAGAAGCUACAACUGCAGGGAUUAAUGCAGUGACUCUCUCACAGAGACCAGUUGAUGGUACCAUUAAAAUGCAAGAAAAUUGUGUACCAGUUGAAAAUUUUACUAGUAAAGCCAUUCCUCAGAGAACGGAUCUGGAAGCUAAAAACUCUUCUUCUGGUUCAAGUAAUGGAAGCUUAAUCGUAGGACAGGAAACAACCCAACAGUUACGGUCUAGGCUGUCUGGGCUCACUGAAACUUGUCAACCUAACAUGGCUGGAAGUGGCAAUUACAAGGAUUGUGUUGCAGAACAUUUUGCCCCUGAGGAUGUUAGUGCCACUGAAAGCGAAGUCAUUGAACGUGAUAAAAAUCUUGGCACAACGGAAUUGCUCAGCGUGGCAGAGGGCUACCCUGGAUCUCAGGAGAUGACUAAUUGGGAACUGACUAAGUUGAAUGAGAUGAAUAAUAAGCAAACUCUGGGAGAGAAUGAAAGACUUUUGCAGAUGAAACAGCCUGAUGAGGCAUGUAGUAAUAGUAAAGAAGGUGGAGAUGGGAUGAUGGAGGCAGGCAUAGACUUAAAAGGAACUGGUAUAGAUGAGCUUGAAGGGUCCAGUCUUUCUGAUGUGAUGGCUACAUCAGCAGCAAGCUCUCUGUCUAAUGGUUGUGAUUCCUAUGGAAUGCAGAACCCGGUUGUUGCUCAUGUUCCAAAGACUUUACCCUCCAAGGAAGACUCGGUAACAGAGGAAAAGGAGAUAGAGGAGAGCAAGUCAGAAUGUUACACUAAUGUUUAUGAACAGAGAGGAAAUGAGACCACAGAAGGGAGUGGUCUUAUUUUAAACAACACUGGUGACCACAUAAAGAAAAAUUAUUUACAUAAUCUUUGUAGUCAGGUUUCAUCCAUGCAAGGGCAAACUUCACCAAAACCAGUGACUAAUCUACAAUCUAUCAGUGUUCCUUUUGGUGGUGCAAGACCUAAACAACCUACAAAUCUUAAACUGCAGAUUCCAAAGCCAUUAUCGGACCACUUACAAAAUGAUCUUGUCCCCCCAAAUUGUGGAGGUAAUAGUAAAAACAAAAAUGUCUUUGGUAAAACACAAUUAGGGGAUACAGCAGACACAUUUCCUGGUGAAACAUCUUUAAAUGCCUCUGUUACUGAUACUAAUGGGGAACAUUUGGAAGAGUAUGAAUCUGGAGUCUCUAGUAGUCCGUGCCUUGCAGUAGCCCCAGAUAGUCCAGAUAAUGAUCUCAGAGCUGGUCAGUUUGGAGCUCCAGCCAGAAAGCCUUUUACGACUUUGGGUGAGGUGGCUCCAGUUUGGGUCCCAGAUUCUCAAGCACCAAACUGUAUGAAAUGCGAGGCCAGAUUUACAUUCACCAAAAGAAGGCAUCAUUGCAGAGCUUGUGGGAAGGUUUUUUGUGCGGCAUGCUGUAGCCUGAAGUGCAAGUUGCUGUACAUGGAUCGAAAGGAAGCUAGAGUGUGUGUAAUCUGCCAUUCAGUACUAAUGAAUGCUCAAGCCUGGGAGAACAUGAUGAGUGCCUCAAGCCAGAGUCCUAACCCUAACAAUCCCGCUGAAUACUGUUCUACUAUCCCUCCUUUGCAGCAGGCUCAGGCCUCGGGCGCCCUGAGCUCCCCACCUCCCACUGUCAUGGUACCUGUGGGAGUUUUAAAGCAUCCUGGAGCAGAAGUGGUUCAACCUAGAGAACAAAGGCGUGUUUGGUUUGCUGAUGGGAUAUUACCCAAUGGAGAAGUUGCCGAUGCAGCAAAACUGACAGUGGCUGGGACAACUUCCACAGGAACCUUAGCAGUGUCGCAUGAUCCAUCAAAGCCUGUGACCAACAACACUUUAUCAGCAGAAACUGAUAAUGCUUCUAUAUUCUCGGGAAAUAUAACUCAGGUUGGCAGUCCUGUUGGCAGUGCAAUGAAUCUAAUUCCUGAAGAUGGUCUUCCUCCAAUUCUCAUCUCCACCGGAGUAAAAGGAGACUAUGCUGUAGAAGAGAGACCUUCUCAGAUCUCUGUCAUGCAGCAGCUGGAGGAUGGUGGCCCUGACCCUCUUGUAUUUGUUUUAAAUGCGAAUUUGUUGUCCAUGGUAAAAAUAGUAAAUUAUGUGAACAGGAAGUGCUGGUGUUUCACUACAAAAGGCAUGCAUGCAGUGGGGCAGUCAGAGAUAGUAAUUCUCUUGCAGUGUUUGCCUGAUGAGAAAUGUUUGCCUAAGGAUAUCUUUAACCAUUUUGUGCAACUUUACCGGGAUGCCUUAGCAGGUAAUGUUGUUGGCAACCUGGGACACUCCUUUUUCAGCCAGAGCUUCCUUGGAAGCAAAGAACAUGGAGGGUUCUUGUACGUUGCAGCUACGUAUCAGUCCCUGCAAGACUUGGUGCUCCCAACCCCACCGUACUUGUUUGGCAUCCUCAUUCAGAAAUGGGAGACUCCCUGGGCUAAAGUGUUCCCCAUUCGGCUGAUGUUGAGACUUGGAGCUGAAUACAGACUUUAUCCAUGCCCACUUUUUAGUGUCAGAUUUCGUAAGCCUUUGUUUGGAGAGACUGGACACACGAUUAUGAACCUUCUUGCAGACUUCAGAAAUUACCAGUACACGCUGCCUGUGGUCCAAGGUUUAGUGGUUGAUAUGGAAGUCAGAAAAACCAGCAUCAAAAUUCCUAGCAACAGAUACAAUGAGAUGAUGAAAGCCAUGAACAAAUCCAACGAGCAUGUUCUAGCAGGGGGAGCGUGCUUCAAUGAGAAAGCAGACUCGCAUCUGGUGUGCGUUCAGAAUGAUGAUGGGAAUUACCAGACGCAGGCCAUCAGCAUCCAUAAUCAGCCGAGGAAGGUGACUGGUGCCAGCUUCUUUGUGUUCAGUGGAGCUUUAAAAUCCUCUUCAGGCUACCUUGCCAAAUCCAGUUUAAUUCAAGAUGGAGUAAUGGUCCAGAUAACUGCUGAGAGCAUGGACUCUUUGAGGCAGGCCUUGAGAGAGAUGAAAGACUUCACCAUCACCUGUGGCAAAGUAGAUGCUGACGAUCCUCAGGAACACGUUCAUAUUCAGUGGGUAGAAGAUGAUAAAAACUUUAGUAAGGGUGUUGUAAGCCCUAUUGAUGGCAAAUCAAUGGAGUCUAUAACAAGCGUGAAGAUAUUUCACGGCUCAGAGUACAAGGCAAACGGAAAGGUCAUUCGGUGGACUGAGGUGUUUUUCCUGGAAAAUGAUGAGCAACAUAAUGGUCUGAGUGACCCAGCCGAUCACAGCAGAUUGACUGAAAACGUGGCAAAGGCUUUCUGUUUAGCUCUCUGUCCUCAUCUUAAAUUGUUGAAAGAAGAUGGGAUGACUAAGCUAGGUCUGCGUGUUACACUUGACUCGGAUCAAGUUGGUUAUCAAGCUGGGAGUAAUGGACAGCCACUGCCCUCUCAAUACAUGAAUGACCUGGACAGUGCCUUAGUUCCAGUGAUUCAUGGAGGGGCAUGUCAGUUGAGUGAGGGGCCAGUCAUAAUGGAGCUCAUCUUUUAUAUUCUGGAAAACAUCUCAUAAGAGGACUUCAUUUUCUGUUCAGACCUGUUCCAGCAGCAGUUGUAUCUGAAUCAUUUGCACUUUAAAACUGGAAAAUUAAGCUUUUGUUAACACUAUUGGGGGAGGGGGGGGGAGGAGGGAGGGACAGUUGUUCCAUAAUUCUAAAUCUUCUAUGCAUUGUCAACAAACAGAGGAUCAGGGCAGCUUCUAUACUACAACAUGGCUAUGCUAUCCUUGCAGCUAAUACACUUCUGUUACUGUUUAGAAAAAUGCUCAUGUUUAAAGACUUACAGUCAUGUACUCUAAAUGCUCAAACGGGUGCAAAGAUCACUGGGGCAUAAAUAAAAAGUGAAACUCCAAUCUUGUACUGUUUGUAGACGGACAUGUAACAAACAACAAUCAAGACCUCCAUUCUGACCUCAUCAUAAUGCUGUUUGUGGUUAUUCUGUCAACAUUAAAAAGUAACGUUUACAUUCUUUUGACCAGAUUAUUGGUUGAAAUACAUUUGGAGCAGCCCUUGAGAGAUACAGAAGGAUUACCUAGCCAUAACUACAUUUGUAUAUGCGUCCAAACGAGCAGAAGGGCAGGCAUCUCUCUGAAAGCGGUAUUAUGUAAACUGCAGUUUUGUGUGUGUAAUAGGCUAGUUUACUUUUUUUCCUCUAUUUACUAUAAAAACCCGUCACCUGGGCAGAGUUCUAUAAUCUCCUAGAAGAACUCCGCUAUUCUGUACUUUGUUUACAAAUCUGUGUGAAGCAGAGGAAAUAUUAGCCCUAAAGUGCAGUUAUAUCUCAUUCCUCUUCCCCAGUAGGUUCUGCUUUUUAAAGAAAAGUAACACCCAGGGCAGCUUUAAGUCUCCUCCUUGCUGUAUGCUGUAGUGUAACGCUAGUGUCAUGUAAUACAAGACAGCUUGCACUUCAUAUUAGCAGCACCAUGUAAAAGCUUACCUGUGAUAAAAGUAUAGAGUGGCUGUUUUUGCAUGUUCUGCUGAAAAAGGCUUUCUGGUCAGCUCUGAACACUCGCACUUGGCCCAGUGCUCUCGGUCUCACCUGAGAGGGCUUUAGUAAGGAAAGCAGCUGCUCGCAUCUGCCACGACAUUGUGAAGCUGGAAUUGAGAAGCAGCCAGAGGAAAUGUGCUUUCACAUUCUUAUUGUCUCCAUGGAAAGCUGCUAACCAGUGGAAAGAGCUGAAAGCGGGAGAAGGGGUUUGGUUUGUUUAGCCAUAGCCAUGCACAGCAGCUGGUUUGAGUCCCUCCCAGGAAGGGGGGCGAAGGUUUCUCCUUCUGUCUAUACAGAAAAUUAAUUUGCGAAGAGAGGGGCUAAUAGAUGGUGAACACAGUAUCUCAGACAUUGCAUCGCCCCUACUCGCAGUCAGUUCUGGUGGAUGCAGCGGGGAUUAUUUUGGUGUUGCUGUAUGUGAGUAACACAGGCAUCCUUUCAAAGAUAAAGGGAAGUGCAAGGCCGCUGUGAGACUGGUGCUGUACCUUUUAAACAAAUACACGGCAUUAGACGGGCAAAGGAAAAGGUAACCGUACACGUAGCAAUGUAUUUUAUGUAAAGACAGCACAGUAUAUGUACAGAGUGCGUUUGUGAAUAAACGGCUACCGCUUUUUAAAAAAAAGCAAAGUCUGACAAACCCAAUACUGCAGAUUACAGCUGUCACCACCCAACACUCGGAGAAGGCAGGCCAGAGAACUGGGGUCCAACUCCAGAAAUAAAAGCAAGAGGUAGCACACUACUACACUGGAAAGGGUAAGCGUUACAUCAAAGUGAAACCUUACCUCUGGCAUUUGGGAAAAGGUGGCUGGCUUAGGGCGACUUAAUGUUUCACGAUGGACAAACUUUAAGCUAUUACACAAUCACUAGCCUUCCUCUGUUGCAGCGGAGCAGGACUAAGGGUGCUUUCAGACUCCCCUCUGCACGCUGUUCUUGCGCACUUUGGGACACGGCGCAGCACUACAUGGUGUAGGCAAGAUUCAGUAUCUGGAAAAGCGUUCCAUAAAGUAAGUAAUAACCUUCCUUCUAGAGCCUGCACUCCAGCUUUGCCACAGCAGCGGCUUUCCAGUUACUUUAGUUGCAUUGUUACGCUUAAUGAUGCAGUAAAAGAGGUGAAAAAUCUUUCUCUUCUCUUCCUUUGCCCCAAAAGUCUUUUAGGUUUGGAUUAUGUUUGUGCAAAACACUAUCAACGGGUGACUGACAUGUUUGCUUCAACCAUAGCCUUUUAAAUGACCUUAAUUACCAUGUUGUUAAGAAAUGAGUACUUGUUUUAGAAAAAAAUUGUACUUUUAAAAUUCAGUUAGUUAACACUGCAAAAAACGGCAUAUUAUAUUUUUAUUUUCAACAUGUAGUUUUGUAUAUUAAAUUUAUUGAAAUUAAAAACUAAACACUGUAUUGUCUUCAUCUGCUCAGGAAGACAGAGGCAGCGCUGCCUUACUUGUCUGGACUCUUUUCUGUCUAUAAACUUGCCCUACCUAAAUAGCUGGCGCAGGAGCGCUCCGACUCCCCAGUGCAGGCACAUCCUCUCCUUCGAGAUCAGUCGUUUCUGUUAGCUCACAGAGAUUUAAAAACACAAACAUAUUUGGUACCAUUUUUUGUGUGCUGCUGAUCAAAAGCAUUCCUGAAAAUAGUCAUAAUCCGGUUUUCUAUGUGACAAAGAGUGGCUAUUUUCCCCAUCACCUGAAAGAACUGUAAAGCCUAUUUUUGUAAAAAUACAAGGAACAUUUGGGAAGCAGCAGAGUUUAGUGUACUGUUCCCCCCCCCCGCCUUUUUUAAAUUAAAAAAAGAAAAAGAAAAGAAAAAGGAUGAAGGCACAGUACCCGGGCUGCACUGAACAAGCAGUGCAGCAAGCAUGG